UCUAUAAUCAUGACGACCAAGUCCCUCCGGGGAACCCUCCUUUCCAUAGCCCCCGCCGAAGAGGUCGUGGGUGUGUUUCUCCUUCUGAACAUCUUCGCCUGGGUCGUUAUUCGUGCUUUCCAGAAAUGGAUGCCCUCCAAUGAGACAAUUAGAGCUGCAUCUCCCGAUCAUUUAGAGAAACCCGCGUCAAGAGGGAAAGUCACAAGGGAACCGGGCAAAUGGCUUGCAUCUGACUUCAAGACACCGACGGCAAGCCCGUACCCCAACUGGGACGUCCACGACUCCAAGCCGAUCCCCUAUCGGCCUUUUAGAUACGGCCCCAAGUACUUUGUGACGUUAGGUCUUAGGAGCAUGAAAUGGGACGAAUGGAUCGAGCUCGACAACCAUUAUCUCAAAUACCACGCCGACAAGAAGAAGCGGAUAGAAGAUCGCGGCGAGAAAUGCUGCAGCACUGCACCAGAGGCGAUGGAUGGCGCCAUUGAGUUAUUGGAAGAACUAUGCGCAUACCUCCCCGAGCGCUAUCCAACCAUGUUCCAAAAGACUCCAACGGGAAUAACCAACACCGUGACCAACGAAACAUUCAAUAUAACCCAACGCCCACUCCCCGAAGAUCCAAUGGCAACAGCAGCACGUCUAGUCCAAGACGAUCUUGCCCUGAUGUUCGAGCGACCCGACGGCGAAUACUACCUGUUGGCCGGGGCAAUCCUUCUCGCUGGAUUCUGGCGCCUGAGCGAUAAAUUCGGAAUGCGCCUAUCAGAGAUCCACACGUCGGGCGACGUGCCUCAAUUCCGCGAGAAACUAGAGAAAGGAAUGAUGAACUUCUUCCGGCGACUCAAGCCCGAAGAACCCGUCCUGCGGAAUAACUAUUUCAUCCAGGUAGACGAUAGUCUGGCAUGGUCGCACAGCAUCGGGCCCGAAGACGCAGAGACGGUAUCGUGGAAUACGGCGGAGAAGAAUAAGGCGAUUGAGAAUCACUUUUUCCGAUCCGAGCGUCAGAGUCUGAGGCGGUUGCCGAAGUCUGGGGCUGUGGUGUUUACGAUCCGCACGUAUUUUGAACCGAUUACGGAGAUUGUCAAGGAGCCAUAUGUGCCUGGACGGUUGGCGAGUGCGAUUCGGAGUUGGGGAGAUGAUGUGUCUAGGUAUAAGGGGAAGGAGAAGUACGAGGAGGUGUUGUUGGAGUAUCUGGAUCAGAAGCAUAGGGAGCAGGUUGAGGGUGGGUUGGAGCUUGAGAAGGAGGAUGAGGUGCGGAAUUAUCCACUUUGA